ACCGGAUAAGACAGCAGCGACCUUGCGCGGAUUACCAUUGACGAAACGAAGCUCCAAACACCCCAAACACGGUAGUACCUUUGCACGUCACCUUCUUCCUACUCUCUAUCCUCGUCACCCUGCUCCAGUAGGGCCCCUCUCCAUCCGACCUCCGGAAGCGUCCCCCACAGCUCUCUCUCUCUCUCCCCUUUGGCCCCACCAUGGUUCCUUCAAGAACGGAACACGACAAAGCGUUGCCAUUUCGUCCGUGCUCUUUUGGCCUUCGCUCCCACGGGCGCAUGGAGGAGGACCCUUUUCUCGCCUCCCCCACGGGGCCCCAACUUGAAGAAAUCGUUGAAGACCACGCAUUCUCGCACCCGUUUGCCGAAUUCCGCAGCAAGAGCAAGCAGAGCCUCCACCGAUGCAGGACAGCCCCGGCGAUGGCCGUGGUGACAGACCUCGAGAGGGGGGCCCCGACCCGCGACCCGAAUCCGAGGCCCGGGUCCGGAUCCGUCGUCGGGCAGGGCCUCUUCUUUCUCUGCGUUUACCUCUUCCUCGGUGUGGGCAUCUACGCGUUCAAUAGGGACCAUUUCUCAGGCGUUGAGACGCACCCUGUUGUGGACGCUCUGUACUUCUGCAUCGUCACCAUGUGCACCAUAGGCUAUGGGGACAUAGCCCCCCUGACCCCCGAGACCAAGGCCUUCGCUUGCGUGUUUGUGUUGGUGGGUUUUGGUUUCAUAGACAUAUUGCUCGGUGGGGUUGUGAAUUUCGCGCUCGAUUUGCAGGAGAAAAUGAUCCUGACUAAUGCAAGGUUGAGUGGCGAGAGGGGAGGGUCUGGUGCCGUGAAUUACAUCGUCGAUGUCGAGAAGGGAAGGAUGAGGAUCAGGUUAAAGGUGGGUUUGGCACUUGGGGUGGUGGUUUUGUGCAUUGCGAUGGGUUCGUUGGUGCUCUGCUUUGUGGAGGGUUUGGAUUGGUUGGACUCGGUUUAUUUGGCGGUUAUGUCCGUCACGACCGUCGGGUACGGGGACAGGGCCUUCAAGACUUUGCCGGGGCGGCUCUUCGCCGCAGUUUGGCUGCUGUUCUCGACGCUGGUGGUCGCGAGGGCGUUUCUUUAUCUGGCCGAGGCUAGGAUUGAUAAGAGGCACCGGAGGCUUUCGAAGCUGGUGUUGCAGAGGGAUGUCACUGUCGAGGAUUUGUUUGCAGCCGAUUUAAACAACAACGGCUUCAUCAGUAAAUCAGAGUAUGUUAUAUACAAGCUGAAAGAAAUGGAGAAGAUUGGCGAGAUGGACAUAUUACAGAUAUGUGAUCAGUUCAGCAAGCUUGAUCGAAACAACUCUGGAAAAAUAACACUCCCGGAUCUCUUGGACAAUCACCUAUGAUGACAAAAAACAGGGGAAGAUUUCAUUUGACCAUGAAUAUUAGCGCAAUACUUGCUCCAUUCUGCAAGAUGGGUGAGGGAUGAAUACGCGAAAGAUAACCCAAACAUUGUCUUUGGCAAGAUUAAUAGGUCCUGCAAAUCUGAUCCCCUUUACAAGGCAUGUUAUUCUUGUGGCAAAAGCUGUACAUAUGCAUUAAGUGUACAUGUGCGACGAUUCUCUAGGUGAAAGAUAACAAUCAGAAAUGGAAAGGAGAGCAUCUUUUCCCUCCGUCAGUGCUACAGAUCAAAGAUCAGAAUCUGAAGAAAUGCUAUAUCUGUCUGCGCUAAUUCUCUUUGCUUGUAAAUGACAUUGAAAUUGGACAGUAUUAUUGGAGGAGACUUGAUGCUUCAG